AUCUACCACUUCUCCUCUCUCUUUCUAUCUCUACUGCUUUCUCUCUCUACAAUGGCUUCUCUGUUCAGGGACAGAUCGCUGACACUGGGCCAAUCCAAGAGAGAAAGCUCGCGCUUCACCUCUGCCGCUGCCGCAGCCGCCACCGCCACCGCCACCGCCACCGCCCUCCCCUCCCCAUUCGGUGACCUCACAUCGACACUCUCGGCCGCCGACCUCCGCGACACUGCCUAUGAGAUCUUCCUCGCCGCAUGCCGGACCUCCUCCGGAAAGCCCCUCACUUACAUUUCCAGCACCUCCGGUGCGGCCUCCGCCGAUGGAUCUCCGUCCUCUCUCUCGAGCUCGCCGUCGAUGCAGCGGUCGAUCACUUCUACCGCCGCGAGCAAGGUCAAGAAGGCGUUCGGCCUCCGAUCCAGUUCGAAUUUGGGUUCGGGCUCGAAGCGGAGUGAGGGUAGUCCUUCAUCGGGUGGGAAGACUAAGAAGCCACUGACUGUCGGUGAGCUAAUGAGGGUUCAGAUGAGGGUUUCUGAGACUGUGGACUCCAGGAUCCGGAAGGCUCUCUUGAGGAUUUCCGCCGGCCAGGUUGGAAGGAAAGUUGAAUCAAUGGUUCUUCCACUAGAGCUACUACAGCAGUUCAAAUCAUCAGAUUUUACUGAUCAGGAAGAAUAUGAAGCAUGGCAAAGGAGAAACUUGAAAAUUCUUGAGGCUGGGCUACUUAAACACCCUCACCUACCGGUAGAAAAGUCUAAUAUUGCUUCCCAACGGCUUCGUCAGACAAUUAAUGGGGCAUUAGAGAGGGCAAUAGAAACUGGGAGGAAUAAUGAGUCAAUGCAAAUCCUUCGUAGUGCUGUAAUGUCUCUUGCUUCCAGAUCAUCUGAUGGAUCUCUUGCGGAGGUAGCCCAUUGGGCUGAUGGAUCCCCACUGAAUCUCCGACUCUAUGAAAUACUUUUGGAAGCUUUAUUUGAUGCUAAUGACGAAACUUCUAUCAUAGAAGAAGUUGAUGAGCUUAUGGAACUCAUAAAGAAAACUUGGCCCAUCCUUGGAAUUAAUCAAAUGCUCCAUAACAUUUGCUUUUCGUGGGUUUUAUUUAACCAUUUCGUUGCUACGGGCCAAGUUGAAAAUGACUUGCUAUAUGCUGCUGAUGGUCAGCUGGUCGAAGUUGCAAAAGAUGCAAAGACGACAAAAGAUCCAGCAUACUCCAAGAUUUUAAGUUCUACACUGAGUUCUAUACUAGGUUGGGCAGAGAAAAGGCUCCUUGCAUACCAUGACACUUUUGAUAGAGGAAAUAUUGAUUCAAUGCAGGUCAUUGUCUCUGUUGGUGUAUCAGCAGCCAAAAUCUUAGUUGAAGACAUAUCUAAUGAAUAUCGCAGGAAGAGGAAAGGUGAAGUUGAUGUGGCUCGCAACAGGAUUGACACUUAUAUCAGGUCAUCAAUUCGUACUGCUUUUGCUCAGAGAAUGGAGAAAGCAGAUUCAAGCAGGAGAGCAUCAAGAAAUCAGCCAAAUCCUCUCCCUGUCCUUGCAAUUCUUGCAAAGGAUGUUGGUGAGCUUGCAGCUAAUGAGAAGGCAGUGUUCAGUCCCAUACUGAAGAGAUGGCAUCCUUUCGCUGCAGGUGUGGCUGUUGCAACUCUUCAUGUUUGCUAUGGGAAUGAGUUGAAGCAAUUCAUUUCUGGUAUAAUGGAGUUGACACCGGAUGCUGUGCAAGUAUUGAGAGCUGCAGAUAAGUUGGAGAAGGAUCUUGUUCAAAUUGCAGUUGAAGAUUCGGUGGAUAGUGAUGAUGGGGGAAAGGCAAUAAUACGUGAAAUGCCUCCUUUUGAAGCAGAAGCAGCAAUAGCCAACCUGGUAAAAGUUUGGAUUAAGACUAGGGUUGAUAGACUGAAGGAGUGGGUUGACAGGAAUCUCCAGCAAGAGGUUUGGAAUCCCCAGGCAAAUCAAGGAUAUGCUCCAUCUGCUGUUGAGGUCCUACGAAUUAUAGAUGAAACCUUGGAUGCAUACUUUCAGCUACCAAUACCAAUGCAUCCGGCGCUGCUUCCUGACUUGAUGGCUGGCCUUGAUAGAUGUCUUCAGUAUUACACAACCAAAGCAAAAUCAGGCUGUGGAUCAAGGAGCACAUUCAUUCCAACUAUGCCUGCAUUAACCAGAUGUACGACAGGAACAAAAUUUCAAAGUGUUUGGAAGAAGAAAGAAAAAGCUUUAAAUUCUCAGAGGAGGAAUUCUCAGGUUGCAACAAUGAAUGGAGAUAAUUCCUUUGGGAUACCACAGUUGUGUGUUCGUAUAAACACUUUUCAUAGAGUCCGGACAGAGUUAGAUGUUGUGGAGAAGAGAAUUAUCACCCAUUUGAGGAACUCUGAAUCUGCACACAUGGAAGACUUUUCAAAUGGAUUGGGAAAAAAAUUUGAAUUAACACCAGCUGCCUGUCUGGAAGGGGUCCAACAGCUGUCAGAGGCUUUAGCUUACAAACUCAUCUUUCAUGAUCUGAGCCAUGUGCUCUGGGAUGGUUUGUAUGUUGGAGAGCCAUCAUCCUCUAGGAUUGAGCCUUUCCUUGAAGAGCUUGAGCAGAACUUGACGACUAUAUCAGACAUAGUGCAUGAAAGAGCUAGUACAAGGGUUGUUGCGGACAUAAUGAAAGCUUCCUUCGAUGGAUUUUUGUUGGUUUUGCUCGCUGGAGGCCCAUCGCGAGCUUUUACAAGGCAGGACUCGCAAAUAAUAGAGGAUGAUUUUAAGUCCCUGAAAGAUCUGUUCUGGGCAAACGGGGAUGGACUGCCUACGGAUCUGAUCAAUAAAUUCUCCACUACAGCAAGGGAUGUUCUUCCACUUUUCCAAGCUGAUACAGAAAGACUAAUUGAGCAGUUUAGGCGCUUGACUUUAGAAACCUAUGGCUCAUCAGCCAAAGCCAGACUUCCACUACCACCAACCACAGGGCAGUGGAACCCCGCCGAUCCAAACACGCUCCUACGUGUCCUGUGUUACCGCAACGAUGAUGCUGCCUCCAAGUUCCUAAAGAAGACAUACAACUUGCCCAAGAAACUGUGAUGAACAUUUUGGGGCAUCUGGCAGAACACUCCUUGUGGUUCUGCUUUUGUAUUUAGGUACACGCUUCUAACGUCUCAUGGUUGGAUGUGGACGCAGAAGGCGCGAGGCAAAUGCAGGUGGCACCACCCAAAGUGGCACAUAUUUGUAUAGCGGUACAUUUCGGAAUUCUCUAGAGUUUGUGGACUAUGGCCUGCACUGAGCUGCAGUUAAGCGAAGGUUCAAAAUUUUGGGAGCAUCGGAAUGCUCUGUCUACAGGGAAGGUGGGUGGAUAGAACCAUUUUUUAUUAUUCAGUUUCGUCGGCCAUGGGAAACAAAGGUUAAUAUCGUUUGUCUUAGUUGCCUGCUGCAUUCAAUCAAUUUAUUUAUUUGAGCUGGUAGGGCUAUCUCUAUCUGUUUCUUGUAUGUCCUAUUCUUUAUCCCUCCUUUGUUUUACAUUUGUUGCUUAUGGGUAUAUAUAUGUGUGUGCGUGUAAUGCGCAUUAUGACUCUGAUGGCUGCCUUUUUUUGGUCCUUUUUGUAUACAUCCAUUUGUUAUUGGUAAAGUUCUACAGGUAGCAUUUUA